AUGGUGCUGCAGCUGAGGAUGAGGGUGGUGGAGGAGCAAACCAGCGCGCUGGUGCGGGACCUGGAGGCGCUCGGCGGCGAUGGGCUGAGCCUCGAUCGCUACCAGUCAAAGACCUCAGGAACGCCUGCUGGCCACCCAGCUGUUAGCCCUGUGCAGGCCCGAGUGGCAUUUGUGGGAGAAAAUACACUGUGGAAAAACUGUGAAAAGCUGGUGAAUCGAAUGUGUCGGCUGGAGAGUGUUGUACAGACACUGAAAUUAAACAUCUUCCGGCUGCAAACAGAAAAGGAACGGAAUCCAAAGCAUACAGCCCAGUUGGAGCGGCGCCUGAAUGCAAUCCACGAGGAGCAUUUGCAAGAAAUGAAGAUUGUACAGCAAGAAGCAAUGAAGUUGCACCAACACCUAAGUGAUAUGAAAGAGGCUGAACAAAAGGCAAAAGAAGAAGUUCAGAGACUGAGUACUGCUCUGGAGAUUACAGCUGCAUCCAAGAUGGAUGUAGUGAUUGCAGCUGAGAAACUGAGGAACGCAAAACGGAAAAUUAACUGUAGACUUCAGCAGCUAACAGAACAGCUGUCCCAGGAAAUCAGGCUGCGGGAAUCUUUGGAGGAAUCCCAAGCAACUGUGAUGUGUCAUGUACAGGACAUGGAAACAACAGUAGAAGCAGAACGGAAGCAGGUACAUAUGUUACAGCAGGACUGCCAAGAGUUGCAUAAAGAUGUCCAGCUAGCCAGAGUGAGGCUGCAAGAGGAGGAGGAAAGAACUGCCCAACUGGAGCAACAGUGUACACAACUGAAAGCUGAGCUGGACUCCAGGAAUGGUAUAAUUUCCCAGCUUGAUGAAGAAGCAAAAAGUGCACAGCUGUCCUUUAGCAAACAACACAAAGAGAACCUGCAACUUCAGUCUAAAAUGACUGCCCUGCAAGAAACAGCAGAGAAAGUACAGGUCCUUAAUGACCACUUAAGCCAUCAAUGCUCAGAGCUCAGCACCACACUUCUAAGUGCUGUCAUGGAGAAUGCUAAACUCAUUUCAGACCAUCAGACCAUGCUUAAGGCAGAACAAGAAAAGACUCACAAGCUGCAAGAGCAGGACUCACUUCUGAAUGCUGUCCAUGCCAACUUUCUCGGAGAGCUGCAGAGUGUGCAGCAUGAGAGGGCUCAGCUUCAAAGAGAGCUGGAGGCCUUGCGUACAGAGCAUGGCAAAUACAGGCAGAAAGCAAGCUUUGCUGAGGAGGCAGCAACUGCACAGAGACAGCUUUUGGAAUGUAUGGUUGGUAAACUGCAAGGUGAACUUGAGACCGCUUUGCAAGAGAAAAGAUCUCUGCUGGCAGAAAAGGAAGAUCUUCAACAGGAGCUAAGGAAAACAGCAAAUGAAAUAAUACAGGAAAGGAACAAAUUGGAAGUAGAAAACACAGCAAGUGAGCUAGAAAUGGUUUCAAUGAAAUUCACUUUGCAAACACUAGAGAAAGAGAACAAGAGGCUAUUGGAUCGCUUGGCUGCCCUGGCACAUGAACAGGUGCUGGCAGAGCUGACUGAGAGCAAGAAUAAAUUGGCCUGUGAAAAAGGAAAACUUCAGACUGAAGUGCAAAUGCUGGAGGAAGAGCUGGUCACACAGAGGAUUCUGUUAAAUGCUGUAAAGAACAUGGGAGAAAAACUGGAGAAUAUAAUAGGCAUUCUCACUCCAAGAUCAUUGAAAACUGGAUGGUCUGCUGGGAUUAAUGAAGGAGCCUUUAAUGUGAUGGCAAACCUGCAGCACCGUCUGGACACAGCAAAGAAUGAGAACAGUAAGGUGACAGCUAUGCUGGAGUAUGUGUUAGCUUCUCGUAACAAGAUGCAAGCAGCUCUGGAUGCGGUCCAGACUGAGCUGCGACACAAGGACACUGAAAUCAGCAACCUCAGAAAAGACAAGAGACAGACUCAAGAGAAAAUACAGAGAUUAGAAACAGAACUGGAACAUUGCCAAGUCAAACUGGUUGCCAUGGAAAGGCGGAACAGCAUUCAGGUGGAGCCACUUUGUAAGGCACUAGAAAGUGCUAGAAGAGACAACAAGAAACUUGUUCUUCAUUUGGAAGAAGUUCUGCAGAUCAAUAAUACCCUGCAGAGCAAGCUGAUCCAAACUCAGUAUGAAAUGAAAAGUAAAGAAACUGAGCAUCAACAGCUGUCAGUCUGCAGGGAACAGUUAAUGGAAAGAGACAAAACUGAGGAAAAGAUGUAUGCUGAACAUAUAGGGUCUUUGAAGAAGCAGUUUCAAACUGAACAAGAAGCUUCCAGGAAAGCUGCCUGUCAAGAAUCUGCUGAGGUGAAGAAAGCCCUUGAAGAAUCCUCCUCCAAAUUGGCUGAAGUGUCCCUUACUAACAAGGAGCUGCGGCAGAAAGUAGUAGAGCUGGAAAAGUCUUUGUCCAGUUACAAGGAAAAGCUAAAAAGCCAAAGAGCUCAAGUUGGACAAUGCCUGGCCUGUAAUGCUAACACAGAAAAGGUAAAGGAGACUGAAUGUAAACUGAGGAAAAUGGAAGCAAUAAGAGAGGAGUAUCAAAAGAAGAAUUAUGAACAGAUGAGCUUGCUUGACCAGUUUCCUGAAGAGACUUGCUCUCCUAAAAUGUUUUUGGAAUUUCAUUCUUCUGUUAGCAAGACGCCAGCGUUGCCGAAAAACCAACAGGAAGUACAGGUGCAGAACAGGCAGCUGGAGACCCAGCUGGAAGUGGAACAAAGGCGAAGACAGCAGCUGGAUAGCAAAUGUCAGAAAUGGGAAAAAACAGUUAAACAUCUGAAAAAAUAUAAAGAGGAGACAGAAAAGAAAUUGAAGGAAGGCAGUAUAGAGUCAGAACAGCUGAGACUAGUCAGCAUUAGAAUAAUCACAGUUAGCUUAGAAGCAGCUCACCACUGGUUCAAAUCUAAGCUUGACAGCCUGCAGAUAGAAGUUGUGAAAAACCACCAGCCAAAGAACCCAAAAAGGAGUAAUGACAAAGAUUCUCCAAACAGUCAUCAGCUUCAUAAAAUGUUGUAUCUUUUCCCAGGAGAAAAAGCAAGAAGAGCAUCCCACUCACACCUCCCUGGCCAGCAGGGCCAGGCCCCAGCACUUCCAGCUCAGCCCCAGGAAGGCCCAUGUGAGCUGGGCAGGAAAUGA